CGAGGGCUGGGUUGUGAGGUGGCAGCGGCAGCAAAGCGGAGCUCCUCGGCCCGCCACAGGGUGGGCUCACCCGCGAGGCGGCUCCGUCUGCCGUGGGGCUUGGGUGUUACUGUUCCCCUGCCCGGCAGGACCUGAGAACCUGCUCGGUCCUGCUGUCCGCCGCGAGCUCCCCUCCACCGCCGGAGUUCGCAGAGCAAUCCAGCUGGACGCCAGGCCUUUUCUGCAGUCGUGGGACGUAGGCGAUUAAUUUCUGUCUCCAGACGGCCGGCUAGGACUCGCUCUGUCCCUUCUUCUGGGGGCUGGCACGGUGCUGUGGUCGCCAAGGGAAUAAUAGGGCACUGGCUGGCGCCCUAUUGGAAGGUGCCCUGUUGGAAGGUGGUGAGCCUCUGCUGGCCUUCCCAGACCCCCGCGUUUUUCUAACUGCUGCUGUCUCCCGGCUUGCUUUUGCUUUAUUCGGCUUUGUUUGAUAACGUUACUCUAGCCACAGCAAGAGUGUCUGUAAUUUGUCUCCUGCUGUUCUUAGAUAUGUGGGCAGCAUAGCUUUGCAGGACGAGUAGGAUGGCCAGCAAAAUGGCUCCAUCAGCCAUUGCGCUCCUCUGAGAGGCCAGCUGUGCUGAGUCACUGUGACUGCUCACCUCAUUUGGGUGGGCAGGUGGGUGGGCACCAUUCAUAGCUGGUGAUCUUAUCUGACAAGGAGGGGAUUUCUGGAGUCUGUGGCUCUCUUUGACACUCAAGAGCGGGGUGGAAGGAGGCGCUGACCCCUUCUUUAGUGCUCGCCUGCAGCAGCGGUAGGUCAGCAGUCCCUCUGGGGCCUGAGGAGACAUAGUGGGCCAGGAUAGUUGCAGCAUGGCACAGGGUGUCUGAGGCAGGCCCUUUGGUCAGACUGUUGUUUGAAUGGCGCAUGCACUUUGCCCUAAGCUCCGUGUCACUGGGUGCUGCUGACUUGGAUUAGGCCCAUGUUUCAAAUGGCUGUAGACCUUCUGGGGUUAGGUUUGGCAGUACUGCACUUUCUUUUUUCUUUUUCCUGGACUACAGACUGCAAUCCCCGUAAGGAGUGGCAUUGUUCACAUAGACAUUAGUAUUUUACUGAGGGUAUCAGCACCAUGGCCACUGAAGACCAGACAUAGGAUUGGGAAGACUUGGUGGGGAUGCUGGGCUCCUUUUUCUGUUGCUGACCUCAUUGACUCCGGGUUCUCUGGGUAAAACCGUGGGCUACUGCUGGCUUGUGGCCCAUCAAUCUACUCAUCCUUGAGACUGUGCCCCUGGGGCGCCCUGUGUCAGGGCUUGCCACCAUGCGACUGAGCUCCCUGCUGGCUCUGCUGCGGCCAGUGCUCCCCCUCAUCCUAGGACUGUCUCUGGGAUGCAGCCUGAGCCUCCUGCGGGUUUCCUGGAUCCAGGGUGAGGGAGAAGAUCCCUGUGUAGAGGCUGUGGGGAAGCCAGGAGGGCCACAGAAUCCAGACUCAAAAAAUGGGCUUGACCAAGGCGAUGAAGACUUCAGACCCAGGAUUGUGCCUUACUACAGGGAUCCUAACAAGCCCUACAAGAAAGUGCUCAGGACUCGGUAUAUACAGACAGAGCUGGGCUCUCGUGAGCGCCUGCUGGUGGCUGUCCUGACUUCUCGAGCCACACUGUCCACCCUGGCCGUCGCGGUUAACCGUACAGUAGCACAUCACUUCCCUCGGUUACUCUACUUCACGGGGCAGCGAGGGGCCCGGGCUCCUGCAGGGAUGCAGGUGGUGUCUCAUGGAGAUGAGCGGCCUGCCUGGCUCAUGUCAGAGACCCUGCGCCACCUUCACACACACUUUGGGGCAGACUAUGACUGGUUCUUCAUCAUGCAGGACGACACAUAUGUGCAGGCCCCCAGAUUGGCAGCUCUUGCUGGUCACCUUAGCAUCAACCAAGACCUGUACUUAGGCCAUGCAGAGGAAUUCAUUGGUACAGGAGAGCAGGCCCGGUACUGCCAUGGGGGCUUUGGCUACCUGUUGUCACGGAGUCUCCUAUUGCGCUUGCGGCCACAUCUGGAUGGCUGCCGAGGGGACAUUCUCAGUGCCCGGCCUGAUGAAUGGCUUGGCCGCUGCCUCAUCGACACUCUGGGCAUCGGCUGUGUCUCACAGCACCAGGGGCAACAGUAUCGCUCCUUCGAACUGGCCAAGAAUAGGGACCCCGAGAAGGAGGGGAGCCCUGCUUUCCUGAGUGCCUUCGCCGUUCACCCGGUCCCCGAGGGCACCCUCAUGUACCGGCUCCACAAACGCUUCAGCGCUCUGGAGUUGGAGCGGGCUUACAGUGAAAUAGAACAACUGCAGGCCCAGAUCCGGAACCUGACGGUGCUGACCCCGGAGGGGGAGGCAGGGCUAAGCUGGCCUGUUGGGCUCCCAGCCCCUUUCACUCCACACUCUCGCUUCGAGGUGCUGGGCUGGGACUACUUCACGGAGCAGCACACUUUCGCCUGUGCAGACGGAGCUCCCAAGUGUCCCCUGCAGGGGGCUAGCAGGGCAGAUGUAGGGGACGCCGUGGACACGGCUCUGGAGCAGCUCAAUCGGCGCUAUCAGCCCCGCCUGCGCUUCCAGAAGCAGCGGCUUCUCAAUGGCUACCGGCGCUUUGACCCUGCAAGGGGCAUGGAAUAUACCCUCGACUUGCUGCUGGAAGCUGUGACUCAGCGAGGGCACAGGCGCUCCCUGGCCCGCAGAGUGAGCCUGCUGAGGCCACUGAGCAGAGUGGAAAUCCUGCCCAUGCCCUAUGUCACCGAGGCUACCCGGGUGCAGCUAGUGCUGCCACUCCUGGUGGCUGAAGCUCCAGCCGCCUUGGCUUUUCUUGAGGCCUUUGCUGCCAGUGUUCUGGAGCCUCGAGAACAUGCAUUGCUCACCCUGUUGUUGGUCUAUGGGCCCCGGGAAGGCCGAGGGGGCCCCGACCCAUUUCUCGGAGUGAAGGCUGCAGCAGCUGAGUUAGAACGACGGUACCCAGCGGCGAGGCUGGCCUGGCUUGCGGUGCGAGCAGAGGCCCCUUCGCAGGUGCGACUCAUGGAUGUCAUCUCCAAGAAACACCCUGUGGACACACUGUUCUUCCUUACCACCGUGUGGACAAGACCUGGGUCGGAAGUCCUCAACCGCUGCCGCAUGAAUGCAAUCUCGGGCUGGCAGGCCUUCUUUCCAGUCCACUUUCAGGAGUUCAACCCUGCUCUGUCACCACAGAGAUCUCCCCCAGGUGUCCCUGGGGCUGAUCCCCCCUCCCCUGGUGUGGACCCUUCUAGGGGGGCUCCGGUUGGGGGCAGAUUUGACCGGCAGGCAUCAGCAGAGGGCUGCUUCUACAAUGCUGACUAUCUGGCAGCCCGCGCCCGGCUGGCUGGUGAACUGGCAGGCCAGGAAGAGGAGGAAGCCCUGGAGGGGCUGGAGGUGAUGGAUGUUUUCCUCCGGUUCUCAGGGCUCCACCUCUUUCGAGCCGUAGAGCCAGGGCUGGUGCAGAAGUUCUCUCUGCGGGACUGUAGCCCCCGGCUCAGUGAGGAACUGUACCACCGUUGUCGCCUCAGCAAUCUGGAGGGGCUGGGGGCCCGUACCCAGCUAGCCAUGGCUCUGUUUGAACAGGAACAGGCCAACAGCACUUAGCCUCCCCACCCCUGCAUUUGCCAUAGCCCCGGGAAGGGCAAGGCAAGGUGACGGACAGAUGGAGGGCUUGCCACUGUAUUUUUUUAAAAAUAAGAAAUGUUAUUAAACGUAUCUUCUGCCAAACUGUUUUUAGGUCUAGGGAGAGGGGUAAGAAGAAGAAUCUGUGGUAGGGUUGUGGAGAAUUUGUCUGCCGGCUUCCACUGCCUUCCCCUUCUCUUCCUCCUUCCCAUCCCCGUCCACAAUGACCACAAGGCUGCUGUCUGUUACGUGACCUUUAAUCCAUCCAGCCCUCCCCACCUUCCGCACAGCGCGAGAGGGGGAGUCCAGAGCCCAGGGCCUGUGCUGGGCGGAGUGGCUGGUCCACCCUGACGCUUGUUCACGGGCUCCUAGGUGUUGCGCACGACCAGCGACUGUUCCAGCUCCUGCCUGCGCUGCUGGAUCUUUAGAGGAAGUGUGAGCGGGGGCAGGGUUACAGUGAUCCUGGUGAGUGACCAGGGGUACCCCAUCCUGGCACCCCUUCCCUGGAAGAGUCUGGGAACCAGGAGACUACUGCAUGGGGGUGUAGGGUGGUGGACAAGUAACUGUGGCCAGGUGAGAGGCAAGGCUGCUAGGACUGAGGGAGAGGGAGCCUCGGGUUCCAGGGCCCCCAUUACCUUACAGUAGAAGUAGCGGCUAACAGCUUCCUGGGACCAGGGCUGGUGGUAGAACUCAGCCCUGCGUUCUUCCUCGGGGUUCCCUGCCACAUCUGUCAUCACCUGGGAGGGAGCACGGGGCCUGUGGUGAGUCCCCCUGAGGUGCAUGCCCAUCUGCCCCAGCCCGUGUGCUUGUCUUCACAUCAGUGCUCCCGGAGCCCCGUCUUCACCUUGAGAUCACGGCUCUGGGAGCGGAGCAGGUCUUGGACGUAGCCUUUGGGGUCUCUGGAGAAACUUAGCAUGAAGUCCCUCUGGAUCUUGAGCUGGUUUAUGGACUCAAUCGUCUCAUGGAUCUACAGCUCUGGGCUCAGGCCUCACCUUACUGUCCAGAGCACUGAUCUCCUGCUGGUUGGCCGUGGACAGGAGGAAGCUACUCAUCUGCCCCUUCAGUGGUUCCUCCACCUCCACAUCUAUGUCAUAGCACGCUGUCUUCUUCUGGUCGGAUGGGUCCACGCUGCCAGAGAAGUCCAGCCUCUGAUGUCCAUGGUACACCACGGAAGCCCAGGGCUAGGGCUGGGGAGGGUACAUGAGGAGGGGAGCAGGGAGCUAAACUCCCUGUCUGCGGGGAAGGCUGGGCCACCUCACCUGAUGACGUGGUUGAUCACAAUUGGGUCUGGGGGCAGCAGCAGGGCUGUGAGGCGCUGGGGAAUCUCAGAGAACUUUAGGCGGGGACAGUCAAAAAUCUGAAGCAGGAUAAUUGAGAGGGAGAUCACUGGUGUGUGUGUUUGAAGACACAGUAGCUAGUAACAAUCCUUUCGUUCUGGAAAGACCACAAGAAACUGAGGGCAAGUCAGAAUCAUGGGUGCUGAUGGCAGUGAACCAGGCUGGAGGUAGAGAAAAAGGCAUGGCUAAUCUCGAGGCCAGUGCAGGGGUCUUAAGUCUGCCACAUUCUGUGAGCAAGCUCUUAGUCCCUUCACCUCUAGAAUGGGGAUAUCAACAGCCCCAUUGCACGGGUUGUCAUGAGAAUUAGGUGAACCCGUGUACAACAAGUGUCUGAAGUUUUAUGAUCAAUGCUCAAUAAAUACCAACUACUCUUUUUCCUUA